GGAAAAAGUCAGAACCCUGACAUCCACACAGAAAGGUCCCAGCUGGGAUUUGAACCAGGGCCUUCUUGGUGCGUGUGAAACAAGAGCACCACCGCACAGCCCUCUAAAUAAAAAUGAAGAUAAAAAAACAGUUGAUGACUAUAAAAUCCUGAGAUUUAUGAUGCUGGCCUAAAAAAUGGGGAUUACCAGAAGAUGACAAAGUGCCUAAAGUGGAAGAAUUGGUUGAAGUGAUGCUCAACAGCUAUAAUAUGGAGAGACGGACAUCUUCACUCCGGUUGGAAUUUGAUAAAUCCGAUUCUAUUUGGGAAGGAUGGCUACAAUACAUUAGACAAUCGAGAUCUGACCUUGUGUAGGACUGGUGUAAUAUGCAAGAAUGUAUGCACUGUGAAAAUAUUGUAUAAAUAUAUAAUGGACUGCAAAUAGAGAUUACUUUUUUGUAUUGGUUUAGUUGUUUUCUUUUAGUAAGUGGUUUAGUUCCUCUAUAACAAACAUAUAAUAAAAACAACAGUCAUUAAAUGUAUACACUCACUGAUAAAUAAAGACAGCCAUUCACAAAGUCUCAGAACUUAAGAACAAUAAGCUGUUUGAAAGGGAGAUGGGCAUGUAUCUUAUUUAAGCCCACUUCCUUAUACUGAGUCAACUUUGACAACAUAAAAUACCAAAAUGUAAAAAAACAAACAAAAAAAAUACACACAAUAUAUUGAUAUUACCAAUAUCAUCAUCUGUAUAAGAUUUAUCAAGCACCAGCAUUUUAUGACAUUAUAACAAAUAAGAAGAGUAUAGAAAGAGUGACCAUAUGAGUAUUUGAUGUAAACAUUGAAAACAAUUUUUUUGGUAUUUUUAAGUUGACUAAUGUGUAUGCGUGUACAUUUUACACUGAUCAAUCUUUUUUACAAGGGGCUUUAUUUUUUCAUUCCAUUUGUUAAUAACUAUCUUUGUAGAAUUUAACACAGUUUUACUAAACCUAACAAUAAAUAAAUUACAAAAAAGAAAAAUCUGUUGAGCACUGGUGGCUUCCAUUUGCAGCUGGAUAUAAAGAAAAUAAAUGUCAAAAGUCAACUGUGCUUUAGAACUUUGUUUUUAGAUGAUACUUUUUCUGUUUCCCAAAUAAUUCUUCAUAUUUCUAAAUUUAAAAAAUGUAGUUUCACUAACUGAUAUAGUACAAUAAAAUGUGUUUUUAAAGGGGAGACGUUUGAAGUAAACAAAGUAACUCGUUAAAAAAAUGUGAAGCCUGUAUUUAUUUUAAUGGUAAUCAAUUUGGAAGGGACAUUUAAAGUUUAAAAACUGUGUGAAUGUCUUUCACAGUGAAAGGCAGGGUGUUAAGAAGCUGUGUUUCAUAGAGGAUUAACAAGGAUUAGGCUGUCAAACAAGACAAGCAUCAGCUUUAUCUCAUUAGCUUUCCCCUUAUCAGUAACAACUACAAAAACCUGGGCAUGAGCACACACGCUGAAAAAGGGAGAUACAAUAUUAAUUAAAACCCAUACCUGCUCUUGUGCCCUUAACUGUCUGGGUUAGAAUUCACACCGGAGCGUUUAGGAAACUCCCUUAUUUUUCUUUUCCUCUAAGACAAACAUCAUGGGUUUGUUCUGUAAAGAAGCUUGAUAUUCCCCUGUCCCCUGUGGGUUACGUAAUAUGUGUGCUAACUAUGUCCUCCUCUGGGGUCAGAGGGAAAAAAAAUGGAAACGAAACUGCAGCCAUUUAAUGUGGCGUAUGUUUGGAUGAUGCAUUAAACUGAGAAGCGUAAGCCUGACGUGGGAGGACAGAGGAGCUUUUAGGGGCGGCACUGGGGAGGGUCGGAUUUCAGAUCCAUUCUUCGUUAUUCUAAAGAAAUAGGAGCUUAAAGCUCCUCUGGAAGUCUUGUUUCCUCUAAACAUCACAAGACUCCCAACCUUCUUUAUCGCUCCCUGAUCUUUUAUCAUCGGGCUCCACAAGUUACCUUGCUCAGGUAAAUGGGAAGAAACAUUUGUGAACCCAGAGGAGGAUUUUGUCACUUUACAGACUCCAUAAGCUUCACUGCUGCAAGCAGCACUGUCAUGUGUUUGCACUUGAUAAGUGCAGGAAACUGGAAAUAUAUGUACAACUUAAAGAUGCUAUCGGUUUGAUGCAAUCUAGGUCGGCUGAGCGGGAUGCGGCGCCUUCACCUUUUCAAAAUAGGUCAGCCUAGUGAGAUGGGGAUUUUCAAAAGCAUGUUACAGUCCAUUGGGUUUCACCACUAAGCAGUAUCAAGAUUCUGAUCAAGGUUAUGAACCGACUACUACUGUUUUAAGCAAGAGUUCAUUUUAUAUAACUGCAAUGUUAUGUCAUCACAAGAUAAAGGUGAGUCUUCUGGACCGGAAGCUGUAGAUUUUGCUUUAAAAUCAUUUAAUAGAGUAAUAGGAGUUAAGCUCAGAUGAUGAGAAGAGUUUGCGUCUCAUUAAAAGAAUUGGGAAACGCAGAAAGGGGUAAAUGUAGGGAAAAGGGCAAAGGUUGUGUGGUACUCUCCAAUAAGCCCACGUCAAUGAAUCAUGUACAGUCAACGUAAAAAAAAAUUAGCAUAUUUUGCUUUCGUAUAGCUUUAGGUUUCCUGUUCUCAAUUCGGUAGCCACAGCAUUAGAAAAAAGGUGUGGCAAAAGAUAUAUAAACAUGCUGAGAUUUCUAGGCUCCUGAACUCAUCUGACUCAACAACUUCAACAUGGCUAUCAGAGGUAUUGCUGCGGCAUCCCUUCUCUGCUUCCUACUGGGCAUGCUCUGUCCAGCUCCAGCUGACAGUGCCCGUUCAAACUUAUCCUGCUGUACAGCAUACAAUAAGAUGCAGCUGCCCUUCCAACGCAUUAGGGGCUACAGAGAACAAACUUCCAACUAUUGUCACAUUGAGGCCAUCAUUUUCUACACCAUUAAUAACAGGCAGUUCUGUGCAAAUGCAAAGGAGACGUGGGUGAAACAUUCUCUUGAAUUGCUGAGCACAAAACUGAAGAGAAUGUCCAAAAUCCUCCCUGGACCAGAGAAGGCAGUGAUGGAGAAACCCAAAAACCCUGAACUGUCAAAGACCUUGGAAGUCAUACCAGAGACCUUCCACAACAAAACUGAAAGUGUGUAAAAGAGCAACAAUUGAAAGUUGUUACAGAAACAAUCAAGUGAAAAGUCGUUGGAAAUAAAGCAAACUUUUUUCCGUCUAAUCAUUCUGAUGAUAGAUUUCAGUCUCCUACAAAAAUCCUUAUCCUCUUUUUGCUUUUAGGAUUUUAUUUUAUUUUGGGGGUUAAUCACCAUUUUAUCAGCAAAUCAAAGAUUAAAUUAUUUUCUUAUAUAAAAAAAGCUCUUUUAAAAUGUUUUUCUUUGUUUACAUUAUUUGCUCCACCAUUUCUUUUUGUUGAUUUGCUUACUCAAGUGUUACUAUUAAAAUGUGAUAAUAACAAAUACAUGUAUUUUAAAGCAACCUUAAA